GCCGUGGCGGUGCGGGGAGGCGAGGCAGCGGCUGCGCGCAUGCGUGAGGGCCUCGCCCCUCUCGCCCCCUCCCCCGCCUCGCGCUGUGCGCCGGCGCAGUGCGGCGCGACUCGUGCGAGGGGAAGGGCGAGUCGCGGCUGUCGGAGCAAGGGGGGCAUCCGCGGCGCUCCGCGCCUCCUCCGCCGCCAUGGCGGGCGCGGCACCGGCACCAGCACCCGCACCCGUCGCUACGGCUGAGAAAGUGGAGACCUCGGCGGCAUCGGCCGAGCGACCGUCACUUUCGACGGCAGCGCUGGCGAAGAUGGAACGGAACCGGCAACGAGCGCUGGCACUGCGGCAGGCGCGGCUGGCGGCUCGGCCCUAUCCUGCCGCAGGCGGCCAGCGGGUGAGGGCCCCCGCCAAGGUCGUCGAUACGGGAGGGGGCUUCUUCCUGGAGGAGGAGGAGGAGGAGCUGGAGGAAGGGCCCGGCGGCGGCGCCGGGAAAAUCGUGCAUCCCCCCGCACCUGUACUAGAAUUUGACUAUCUUAUCUGUGGAGACUGUGGCAAAGAAUUCAUGGAUUCGUACCUUAUGCAGCACUUUGAUUGGGCAACAUGUGAUAAUUGCAGAGACACUGAAGAUAAGCACAGGCUUAUAACAAGGACAGAAGCAAAAGAAGAGUAUCUUCUUAAAGACUGUGAUUUGGAUAAGAGGGAACCAGUGCUCAGAUUCAUUGUGAAGAAAAACCCUCAUAAUUCACGAUGGGGUGACAUGAAACUUUAUUUAAAACCACAGGUAAUCAAGCGUUCCCUUGAAGUCUGGGGUAGUGAAGAAUCAUUGCAAGAAGCAAAGGAACUGCGCCGUGGCAACAGAGAGAAGAUGAAACAGAAGAAGUUUGAUAAGAAAGUUAAAGAACUCCGCCGUGCCGUGAGGAGUAGUCUGUGGAAGAAAAAAGCCAGCAUCCACGAACAUGAGUAUGGACCAGAAGAAAACAUUGACGAAUCUACCUAUAAAAAGACAUGUACUGCAUGUGGCCAUGAAUUAACUUACGAGAAGAUGUAGUGAUAAUCAUUCCCCCCCAGUUAUCUUUUUAAUUGUAUUUUGUAUCGAAGUCAAAUAAAUGCUGAUCAUGAACAA